AUGGGAGCUUUAAAAUACGUUGAGGAGCUUCAUAAGAAGAAGCAGUCCGAUGUCCUGCGCUUCCUUCUCCGUGUCCGAUGCUGGGAGCUCCGACAAUUAAACGUCGUCCAUCGCGCCUCCCGCCCAUCUCGUCCAGAUAAGGCACGCCGUCUGGGUUACAAGGCCAAGCAAGGCUAUGUCAUCUACCGUGUCCGUGUCCGUCGUGGAGGUCGCAAGCGGCCGGUACCAAAGGGUGCUACAUACGGCAAGCCUACCAACCAAGGUGUGAACCAGCUCAAGUACCAACGAUCCCUCAAGUCGACUGCUGAGGAGCGUGUCGGACGUCGUUGCGCCAACUUGCGUGUUCUCAACUCGUACUGGAUUAACCAGGACUCCACCUACAAGUACUUCGAGGUCAUUCUCGUCGACCCUCAACACAAGGCCAUCCGCCGCGAUCCUCGCAUUAGCUGGAUCGUCAACCCCGUCCACAAGCACCGCGAAUCUCGAGGUCUCACCGCAACUGGCAAGAAGUCUCGUGGUUUGGGCAAAGGUCACGGAUAUAACAAGACAACUGCUGGCCGAAGAAAGACCUGGAAGAGACACAACACUCUCAACCUCCAAAGAUACAGAUAG